AAAGCUUGAAGCAGGUGUUUCCCUCCUUCAAGAAAACCAUCCCACUCAAACUCAACUGGGUCGUAUCCAGUGAGCUUUGCUGGUUCAUUCAUUGGGCGAAGGUUAUGGACGAAUGCUGCUCGCCUAUUCAAACGGUACUAAACUCAGAAUCCCCAAGUCCCGCCUGUAUAGAUACCGGUCUUAUGAUGAGAGCACUUGGACUACCUUCAUCAUGCAUCUAGCAGGAGACAUCGAUUCGUUUGGGGAUCUCUGGUGGUGGCCAGAUCCAUAAUGCUCUUUUUCUCAAGAGGUGCAAACCAUUGUCUCACUGGGCAGAAUGAAGCUCGUAUAGGCUCUGGACGCGUCUGUGUGACCUGAUCUGAGGCUGUGCCGGGCAGGUAGCCGGGGCCGAACUUUGAGCAAACGGCUCUGCCUUUCUUCCAUCAUAUCCAUCACUCGAAUCACAUACUCUGUAACCAGCACCAUGGAGACUUUUUCGAUACAAUCAAGGAUCAAAGGAUCCAUCUUUGGUGUGGCCGUUGCCGACGCCCUGGGUGGGCCAGUCGAGUUCCAGCCGCGGGGUAGCUUCGAUCCCGUCUCCGAUUUUGAGCGCAACGAGCAUUUCAACGUUCCACCAGGAACAUGGACCGACGACACAUCUAUGACCCUAUGCCUUGCCCAGGCCCUCAUCGACUGCAAAGGCGAAUUCAUUCCCCAAGCUGCAAUCCGUAACUACAUCAACUGGUUCGACAACGGCUACCUCUCCGCCACCGACGAGUGUUUUGACGUCGGGGCCGCCACAACAAAGGCGCUCAUUAUCUGGCAACACUACUUCGAGCGAUCGCCGGACCUCCGAAAGGACGACCCUGAAGGCCAUGAGGGUGGGCGGUUUAAGAUUGAGUUUACGUUGAAGCGCGAGCAAUUCUGCGGCAACGGCUCCCUCAUGCGCGUCUCUCCCAUUGCCCUCGUCUACUUCCGCAACAUGCCCGAAGCCCUCGCAAACGCCGCCGCCUCCUCAGAUGUAACACACCCGUACCCAACCUGCGCCGAAGCCUGCACACUCUACACCAAACUCCUCGUCCUGAUUCUACACGGAAAUAGCAAAUCCUCGCUCGCAACCGCCCUCGCUGAAACACCCAUCAGAGACCCAAAAAUCCAAGCAAAGCUAUCCCAGUACCAGAGCCUCGCAGACUGGGAAUCGCAAGACGAAGACAAUAUCAAGUCCUCGGGUUUCGUGGUGUCCACGCUCGAGGCGGCGCUAUGGUCGUUUUUCUCGACGGGCUCGUACCGUGAGGGUGCGUUGCGCGCGGUCAAUCUGGGAUGGGAUGCCGAUACUGUUGGGGCUGUGUAUGGAGGGCUGGCGGGGGCAUUUUAUGGGUUUGAGGGGAUCCCACAGGGGUGGGUUGAGGGGCUGCAAAAGGGGGAUGUUGUCGGUGGGGUUGCGGAGGGGCUUGUGAGGCUUGCUGAACGGGGUUCUUAGAACUCACCUUGGGACAUUGCAUUAUGCCUUACGCAUGCAGGUGUGUUGGGCUUUACCUUGCUUUGGAUACUUCCAUUUGAGAUUUGCAAACGU